GGCCGGACCGGUAGGCCGGGCUGUGGGUGAAGGGGCGGGACAGGUGAGGAGAGACUACAAGAGAGAAAGGAUGGGCGUCUUCUCCUCAGCGUGGGUGUUUCACCAUGUGGAGUGUGGACACUGUGGAAGUUUGUUUUUAGUUUGUUAAUUGUUGUUCGUUAUUUAUCGCUGUUUUAUGUCGCGUCGGAAUAAUCCUCAGUCGUUUCCGGUUUGUUUUAGCUAACGUUUUAAAAGUGGACUGCGCGAGACACUUCAACGGUUUUUAAAAAAAAGAAGUGCGGCGUUGUCAUCCAUCUAGAACAAGUUGUUCUGCUCAGUUUUUGGAAGUUUUGUGUUGUCAACCUAAAAGGGAUUGUAGUUUUUUUUUUUUGUUUGUUUUUGUUUUUGUUUUUUUUUACGUUUUUUUUUAAGUCUAAUUUGUCUAUCAGCUUUGGCUUGUUGCCAUGGAGGAGCACGACUGUCAAUCAACAACACACGACUAUCCACAUCCAUUUAUCCACGGGGUGAAGCUGACCAGAGCGCAGAGGAUCAGGGGCAUUAUCUUGGGCAGUAUCCUCUUCCCUCUACGCAUCACACUGGCGGCCCUUUUCUUCCUCAUCAUUUGGCCUCUUGCCCGGCUACGAUUGGCCGGUCUGUCUGAGGAGGACCGCUCUCGGCCCGUCACUGGCUGGAGACACUGGCUCUUCCAUCCCAUCGUCUGGCUGCUGAGCCGAGCCGUCUUCUUCUCCCUGGGCUUUCUGUGGGUAAAGGUGAAAGGUCGCAGGGCAGAUCUGAAGGAGGCGCCGGUGCUGGUUGUGGCGCCCCACAGCGGCUUUCUGGACAUGCUGGUUCUGUGUCCAUCCCAGCUGGCAACGGUGGUGUCGCGGUCGGAGAACGCCAGCCUGCCGGUCAUAGGAGCUUUGCUUGAGUUCAACCAGUCUGUGCUGGUAAGCAGGAAGGAUCCAGAGUCAAGGAAAAAGGCAGUCACCCAGGUCACAGAGAGGCUGACCUCCAAUGGCUACUGGCCUCAGAUGCUGAUGUUUCCAGAGGGAACCACGACUAACGGCCGUGCUCUUAUCAAAUUCAAGCCUGGUGCCUUCCUUGCCGGAGUCCCAGUCCAGCCUGUUCUGUUGCGUUACCCCAACAAGAUGGAUACUGUACGCUGGACAUACAAAGGAACAACCUGGCUUGAGGCACUGUGGCACACAGCUUCACAGUUUUACACCAACAUGACUGUUGAGUUCCUGCCAGUUUACAACCCAUCCCAGGAGGAGAAGAAUGAUCCCAACCUGUAUGCAGACAAUGUUCAGAAACUCAUGGCCAAGGACCUUGGCAUCCCAGCUACAGACUAUGUGAUGGAGGGUGGAGUUCCUGUUAGUAAACUGGGUGGUCUCUCUCUUCCACUGGAGUCCCCUGCCAGAAAAACGCUCUCACUGCUGCUGAAAAACGGGUUGGAGGCAUCUGAAGUGGAAGCAGCACUGGACCGGAUGAUUGACAGGUGUCAGUCUGGAGCUCAGGGGUCAAAGGCCAGUGCAGAGGAGCUUGCCUCUGUUCUCGGACUGACAGAUAGAGAGACAGCAGUCACUGUCUGUGACCUCUACUCCAAGGAUGAAACUGUGGACUUCAGACAGUUUUAUUUGAGUGUUGCUGCGCUCUCAGGAUUUGUCAGCAUCAAAACACUACUUCACACAGCUUUCAGUCUGUUUGACCGGGAAGGCAGAGGCAGUCUAAGUGCAGAGGACCUGUCAGACCUCAUGGGGGCGCUGCUGGGCCUUCCUCAGCACAGCACCACUGAACUGUACCUGGAGGCCUCCAAACAAGGCCAGCUCACUGAAGAAAAUCUGCUCCAAGUGCUGACGACCCACCCGACCUAUCAGAGAGUAGUGAAUGAAUACCUGCAGCCAGAGGAGGUGGGCUCUCACCUGUCAUUCACUUCGCUGGCCAAUUGGAAGGCUGUGAACAACAACGGAAACGUGCACAACAGUAACGGAUCCCUCCACUACAACAAGAAGUUUGAAUGAGGAUUUUACAGAAUAUUAAAUGAGAGUCAGAUUCCUCUUUCUGCAGGAUGUUGAGUUUUUCUGUGCUUAUCAUCGUCAAGUGCAGUUGUGAAGAUAUGAGACAGUUUGAACAAGAAUAAUCAUCGACAAAGUAUUGUAUUUUUAAGGUUUCGUGUCGCACAGUAUGUGUGUGGAUGUAUGGAUGCAUUUUUUUUAAAUCCUCAUGUCAAUCUUGCAAUUAUUGGACAGCCAAAGAAAGUGUGCGUGUGUGUGUGUGUGUGUGUUUGAGGCCAGGAACUUGGAAGGUGUGUGCAUGUUUAACUGUAUGCCUUUUUAAUUACCAUGAAGAAAGGACUCGGUCACUUUUGUCAUUUGAAGCCAUAAAAUGUCUUAUUUAUAAAAUUUCCUCCUGUGUAUAUAAAACAUUUUUUUUCUUUUUUAAAGGGACAAUGGAAUGUGCAAAAAAAAAAACUAUACACUCAAAGUUUAUUCUGUAAAUUAAUUAUUUCUUACAUUUUUGUAUGAAUAUAGUUUUUUGUUAACAAUUAAUUAAACUGUGAAUUGUUUUAAGUAG